UGUCUCUCUCUCUCUGUCUCUAAAAGCAUUUGGCAAUGGCUAGUUCCUUCUCAAAUUCAGCACCUGUCCUCCCCUUUACACUGAGGAGAAGAAUAUAAAGAGCCGGUUCCCCCUCCAUCUCUCAUUCCCUCACUAAAUGCUGCCCUUGUAACCCCAAAUCCUUGACCUCUUAAACCCUCUCGGCUCCCCUCUCUUAUAAACCCUUCUAUUCUCCUCCGAUGGCGGGAUACUCGGUGGCGGCGCCGCUAUGCACGUGGUUGGUGGCGGCGUGCGUGACGGUGCCGCGCGGAAAGGAGGGGACUUUGGCGGCGCCGGCGGCCGGGGAGGCGAGGCUGCGGAGCCGGUCAGCGAGGAGGCGGAGGGCGGCGGCGCUCCGCCUCGACGCCCGGGAUUCCUCCAGGGGGCUGAUGUCGGCGCUUUGUGGAUCGGGGAUCCAGGGGCUGAUGAGCUCCUGCCUCGCCUUCGAGCCCUGCCCGGAGUUCUACGGCUCUAAGGGUGCGUCGUCGUUCUUCGGAGAGGGUGGCUUCUCCCUAUUUGGGCCGUGGAAGGCGGAGACUACGAGAAGGCAGCGAAGGGCCGGGCGCGCCUCUUGCGUCUCAGGCAAAGCAAUGGCAGUAGCUGUGCAGCCUGCUAAGGAAAUUGCAGAAAAGAAGAGAAUCCAUACAAAGAAGAGGAGGGUGGUUGUGACAGGGAUGGGUGUGGUGACUCCACUGGGCGAUAAUCCUGAUGUCUUCUACAAUAACCUUCUUGAGGGUGUCAGUGGUAUAAGUCAAAUUGAAACAUUUGACUGUACAAACUAUCCAACAAGAAUUGCAGGAGAAAUUAAAUCUUUCUCAACAGAUGGAUUGGUGGCACCUAAAUUAUCUAAACGAAUGGACAAAUUCAUGCUCUAUUUACUUAUUGCUGGAAAGAAAGCUUUAGCCGAUGGUGCGGUUACAGAAGAGGUUAUGAGUCAGUUUGACAAGGCAAAAUGCGGAGUGCUCAUAGGCUCUGCAAUGGGUGGAAUGAAGGUUUUUAAUGAUGCCAUCGAAGCUUUAAGGGUCUCAUACAAGAAGAUGAAUCCAUUUUGUGUUCCAUUUGCAACGACAAACAUGGGUUCUGCAAUCCUUGCUAUGGAUCUGGGUUGGAUGGGCCCAAAUUACUCUAUUUCAACUGCUUGUGCUACAAGCAAUUUCUGUAUCCUGAAUGCAGCAAACCAUAUAAUAAGAGGGGAAGCUGAUGUGAUGCUUUGUGGUGGAUCAGAUGCUGCAAUUAUACCCAUUGGAUUGGGAGGUUUUGUUGCUUGCAGAGCACUUUCGCAGAGAAAUAGUGAUCCGACUAAAGCAUCACGGCCUUGGGAUGUUGAUCGUGAUGGAUUUGUGAUGGGUGAAGGGGCUGGUGUGCUUCUACUGGAAGAAUUAGAGCAUGCUAAGCAAAGAGGAGCAAAUAUCUAUGCUGAAUUUCUUGGAGGAAGCUUCACGUGUGAUGCUUACCACAUGACUGAGCCACAUCCUGAGGGGGCAGGCAUUGCUCUUUGCAUUGAGAAUGCAUUAGUACAAGCAGGGGUAGCCAAAGAAGAUGUUAAUUAUGUAAAUGCUCAUGCAACUUCAACACCUGUUGGUGAUCUAAAAGAGUAUCAAGCUAUCGUUCGUUGUUUUGGCCAGAAUCCUGAGCUGAGAGUGAACUCUACGAAAUCCAUGAUUGGUCACCUACUAGGAGCUUCUGGUGCGGUGGAAGCUGUUGCUGCAAUUCAGGCAAUUCGAACAGGGUGGGUCCAUCCAAAUAUCAAUCUUGAAAACCCAGAAAAAAGUGUGGAUAUGAAUGUGCUGGUGGGCUCAAGAAGGGAAAGGUUGGACGUGAAGGUGGCACUAUCAAACUCAUUCGGUUUUGGUGGCCACAACUCGUCUAUCUUGUUUGCACCUUACAAAUAGUCAUGGAAAGAACUUCAGAUGUUGCAGGGAUAGCAUUAAGCCCAGCUUCUUUGUUGGUUUCCAAGAUCAUCUGAAAAAUUCCAAGCCAUAGUUUUGCUUAGCUUGCAACUAGGGCCCUGAUUGUUGUGCAGGGCUCAUUUGUUUUUGGUAAGUUUAUGCUCCUUGCAACAAUAUCAUAACUCUGUUGUCUUACUUCUAGCUGAAUGAUGCAAAGGUCAGAAGAAAUUACCCACUGUGCAGAGAAAUUUGCCUGGUUCUACGUUAUCACCUGCUGUGCUUUUUCUUUGGAUAUGCCAGCGUGUAUUUUUGCACAAUUUGGACCUGUACUCAUGGCUGUGGUUUCUGAAUUUGUUUGAUAAAAUGCAGGGAUUUUUAA